AUGGGUACCGAAGAUAAUGGUGAUAUGGGUUUUCAACAUAGAGGCUCUUCUUCUGGAAUGAACCCAAUUUCAGUGUCUGGGAAGAUUUUAGGAAGAGCAAUGAGCUCAGGGGCCAUAAUAAAAUCUACAAAUGGGGCAGACCCUUUCUUUGGUUCUGGUUGGGAUUCACUUUCAAUGAGUCAGAGUGAGAAUUUUGGAGGUUCCUCAAUGGUACCUCUCACUGACGUUGCCAAUCCACCCUUCCCACUUUUGCUGACAAAUCAGGCAAUUGAUAGCUCUUCCCACCUUGUUCAUUACCCAUCUGAUUUGGGUCUUGUUGAUAUGGUGCCAAAGCUUCCAAGUUUUGGAAGUGGAAACUUCUCAGAAAUGGUCAGUUCCUUUGGCCUACCUGAGAGUGGACAGAUCACAAACUCUGGCUGCCCUAUAAAUUAUCUCCGAAACAGGGAGGGUGGCACUGCCAAUACCUCAACCAAUAACGCAGAUUGUCAGGAGAACUGCCAAGUUUCAGAAGAGGGAUCAUCACCUAAUGGAAGGAGGAAAAGGAGAGCAUCAAAUUCCCCUUCGCCUAUGAACACCAAUAAGAAUGCCGAACGAGAGCAGCAUAAGGAGUCUUCCAAGGACAGUUCAGAAUGUCUAAAAGAACAGGAAGAAAAGAAGCAAAAAAUUGAACAAAACAUUAGUGCCAAUUUGCGCGGUAAGCAAACAAGUAAACAAGCUAAGGAUAAUUCCAACAGUGGAGAAGCUCCUAAAGAAAAUUACAUUCAUGUGAGGGCCAAACGAGGCCAGGCUACGAAUAGUCAUAGCCUCGCGGAAAGGGUGAGGAGAGAGAGGAUUAGUGAGCGGAUGAGAUUGCUUCAAGAACUUGUUCCGGGCUGCAAUAAGAUAACUGGGAAAGCGGUAAUGCUCGAUGAAAUCAUCAACUAUGUCCAAUCGCUGCAACAGCAGGUCGAGUUUUUGUCAAUGAAACUUGCCACUGUGAAUCCGGAGCUGAACGAUGAUAUAGAACGGAUUCUGACCAAAGAUAUUCUCCACUCACGAGGAAGCAAUGCAGCUAUUUUUGGAUUUGGACCAGGAUUGAGCUCCUCCUAUCCUUUCCCCCAGGGAAUUCCACAAGGAACCUCCUUGAGUAUCCCAUUUACAACUCCACCAUUGAAUCCCAUGGCUCAGGCCGCAUGGGACAAUGAGCUUCACAGUAUACUACAAAUGGGAUUUGAUUCUAACUCAGCAGCUAUCAACAGUUUGGGACCAAAUGGGUGCUCAAAAUCGGGACUAUAGAAUAUUGGAAGAGAGAAAAAUAUUUGUUUCCCCCUACACUAGGAUUCGAAUAUCUCCAAGCUGACUGCAGAUUUGAUUCCAUUAGGAAAGAAAAAAUUUGGCUCAAUUAUUCAGAAUUGUAUAGGUUGUCAGCUCCUAACGGUGUUCUUCGUUUUUUAGCAGAAGAAGGUGACUUGUUAGAUUA